GCCACUUUUUCGUGCUCUGAAGGGACGCCCGCCACAGACACGCCGGCCAGUGAGUGCAUCGGUAAACCACGCGUCUUGGAUAAUGAAUUCAGUGCCUGCGUGUGUUGUUUCACGCGAGAAAAGUCUGUUGUGUCAUUCAGCGGGGGUGCGGUGUGUAGUGGUGUGACCCAAGGUGAUGGUGUGACCCCCUUUAGUGUAGUGGUGUGACCCUGUGGCGACGGUGAUGUGGUGUGACGCUAAGGUGACUCACUCGUAACAAGGUAGUGUGGUGUGAGUCAGUGCGUUUGUGUCAAAGUAAAAAAAACAGGUGGUGUGGCUCUCCGUUUUACGUGCUAGUGUGGUGUGACUCUAAGGUGAUGGUGUGACUCCCUGUGGCGUGGUGUUAACAAUAUGGCGUGGUGUUGACAGUGUGGCGUGGUGUUGACAAUAUGGCGUGGUGUUGACAGUGUGGCGUGGUGUUGACAAUAUGGCGUGGUGUUGACAAUAUGGCGUGGUGUUGACAGUGUGGCGUGGUGUUGACAAUAUGGCGUGGUGUUGACAGUGUGGCGUGGUGUUGACAAUAUGGCGUGGUGUUGACAGUGUGGCGUGGUGUUGACAAUAUGGCGUGGUGUUGACAGUGUGGCGUGGUGUUGACAGUGUGGCGUGGUGUUGACAAUAUGGCGUGGUGUUGACAGUGUGGCGUGGUGUUGACAAUAUGGCGUGGUGUUGACAGUGUGGCGUGGUGUUGACAAUAUGGCGUGGUGUUGACAGUGUGGCGUGGUGUUGACAAUAUGGCGUGGUGUUGACAGUGUGGCGUGGUGUUGACAAUAUGGCGUGGUGUUGACAGUGUGGUGUGGUGUUGACAAUAUGGCGUGGAGUUGACUUAUAUUAGUGUGGCGCGGUGAGGAGGUGUCGUAUUAGUGCCAUGGGGAGGAGCAGAAACGAGGGAGGGGAAGACGAAGAGGAGGUGGGGUUUGCCUGUCACCUCCCUCCCCACCCCGGAUCACCACCCCCGCAUCUACACAUCUAGUGGCUCCACUCCCCUCGUCGUGGCUGCCUGGUGGGGAGCUGAAGAUGGCGGACGAGCAAACCGCUGGCAGGGAGGGGUUGCUCCAUGGAUCUUCCCCCUUGUCGGGUGAGGGACUGCGGGCGGGGCGAGGUUCGGAGAUAGCUCACGUAGCGGUGGUGAGCGAGGAUGGCGUUCGACGGGCACUGCGGCACGACCAGGGGAGCGAAGCCCACCUGAUAUCGUGGUCGCGGCACGACUUCACCAACAAGGGCGAUAACUACGUGGCGGAGGUGACCAGCGUGAGCGUCCAGUACCGGCUGGGCACCCACACCCGCCACGCCUCCUACGUCCUCAAGAUGAGGCGCAGCCACGCCGGCUCCCAUUUUGAUGAUAUGGUUUUUCUGAAGGAGGGCAAGUUCUACACGGUUUUGCUGCCUCUGCUCAACUCCGAACUGACGAGUGCGGGUCAGGAGCCCCUACGUGUGCCCCGCUGCCUCCACGACGUCUGGGAGGACCAUGACUCCCAGUUGUUCUUGGAGGACUUGCGGCUACGGCACUUUAAAAUGUAUGAUCGCAAGAAGCCGCUGAGUAUGGCUCACGCCAGCCUGACGGUGCGGGAGCUGGCCAGACUGCACGCGGCCUCCGUGAUGAUGCUGUCCAGGCAGCCGCGGGAGACGCCACCCCUCAACUUCCUCUCGUGGGAUAUGAGCAACUACUCCCAGGAGACCAACAGUGCCUUCGAGGCACUCAUCUCUGGCAGUCUCCAGACGGCGGGCGAGGUGGCAGGAGCAGCAGGUCGGAAGGACAUGCAGGAAUGGUUCAGCAGUCUGGCUCCUCGCGGGCCUUCACUCCUCACCGCCCUCACUCAUCUCGCCCCACCCUUUGACGUCAUCGGCCACGGGGACUGCUGGGUCAACAACUUGCUAUUCAGGGAGGAUAGCGAAGGCAAGCCCGUGGAGGUGAUGUUGGUAGACUUCCAGCUUUGCCGCCGGUCUUCGCCUGCCCUGGACCUGAACUACCUGUUGUUCAGCAGUCUCACUGCCGCACAGAGAUCCACCAACCUCACGCACCUGCUGGCCACCUACUACUCCUCCUUCCGUGCUGUGCUCACUGCUGCUGUUCCCGCCCUCAUCUGUGACGGCCAGGACGCCCGGGAGUUCGAUUUCAAAGCAAACUCGGGAGACCACGCUGGUGACUACGUCUUGAAAAAGCGUGAGAGAGCCCUCAGGAUGGUCACUUCUAACCCUCUGAUGCGACCCCGCCUUCUCAGCUUGUACGAGGAUGUGAGCCGCCACGCCCCAGAAACCUCCAUGACACUUAGAGGCUCUGAGUAUUUAUCGGGAAAGUCUCUCACUGUUCCUUCGUUUAUGAACAGGAGAAUCAUGCGAGUGCGUGAAUCUGUCUGA